UAUAUAUUUGUGAGUGGUUGUGUGAUUAUAAUUUUUAUUUUAGUUUAGUUUCGUCUUCCUCAGUUAUCAGACCUUUUAUGAAUUGAAUAAUAAUUUAUUUCAAAGGUCUGGCUUAUAUAAUUGUUUUACCUCCAACCAUCUGUCUUAUUAUCUUCGGAAAAAUUCAAACAGCAAAGAUGCAAGAAACCGUUACAAAUACAAACGAGAGGAAAUCCUUAUUUUCUUCUUUCUUGGAAGUCCUGGAAGCCCGAGAAAAGCAAGCUCAAGCUGAUCGGCAGAUUCAAGAGGAAAAAUAUCAAAGAAGAACUCAACGAAUUUACGAUUUUCAUGAACGCCAACAACGUGAUGCAGUGGAAUUGCGACGGUGCCUAGACUAUGUGUCGCAGCACGCACAUGUGCUGGAGUCUGUGCUGCGUAGCGCUUCAGGAGAGGGCGUCCCACUGUCGGCGGCGCUGGUCAGGCAGGCGGCCGCUCUGCAGCGCUGUAUGGCCCAAUGUGUGGCCAACGCGUCCCGCAUCCGACACUUGCUCACUGCCGCGCACCAGCCCCAGAUGGAUACCAUGCUCGCUAAAAUGGAGGCAGAGCUCAGCACGUGGACAGCGUUCCUGCAGCGCGCCGUCGAUGCUACGUACAACACGGAGGUGGUCAUAGACAACGUGCAGAACCUAAUUGCGGAGCAAAAGCGAUGCGUGCGCGAGGUGUCAUCGAGCAGCGUGUUCACGUCGCUGUGCGGUGCCAGUGCGAGCGGAGCCGCGGCCGAGGGCGAGGCGGGCGCGGAGGCGGCGGCGGGCACGGAGGAGGCGCAGGCGGCGCGCUCGCCCGCGGGCCGGCGCGCGCCGGCGGCGGCGUGCAGCACGCCCAUCGCGCGCGACUAG